AUAACCCUAAACCAAAGCAGCCGUUCUCUUGUCUAUCUCCCUGUUCGCUCCACCAUCUUCUAAACCUAAAAAACAAACAGCCGACAGAUCUUUCAUUCUACGAUUCAGCAGGGAGGGAAGGUAAGGUUCAAUCAUCCAUCAGAUAUGGUGAUUCCUCCACCCGUAAAGACUCAAAGAAUCACAAACUUUCUGAAACCAUAUCUCUUGAAGAUGCAUUUUUCAAACAAGUUUGUAAGUGCACAGGUGAUUCAUGCACCAACUGCAACCGUUGCAGCUUCCGCAAGUUCACAGGAGAAGGUUCUGCGUGAAGCCUGGACCCAAACACAACAAAGCACUAGAGAUGUUUCCGCUGCUGCUAAGAUCGGAAAGAUAUUAGGUGAGAGGUUGCUCGUUAACGACAUCCCAGCCGUUUCAGUCGUCUACAAAAAAAACCAAAGAUAUCAUGGUAAGGUCAGAGCAGUCAUUGAUUCCUUAAGGGAAGCAGGUGUCAAGUUGCUUUGAUUUUUCUUUUUGUUAUAAUAAUAUAUGGAACGAACCGGUUUGUUUGUGUGCGCAUAACGACAUUGUACUGUACAAUGCUAAAUUGCAUCCAUGGGGUCGUAGGAUGACUCGGGGUUGAUCUGUUGUCCGCUGAAUUCUGUUACAAGACUUUUUAUUUGCAGAUACUUUAGAGAGAUUAGAGUUGUAAUUUUUGACGUGUUUGUGUGAAAACGGGUCAAUUUGGGAUGUGUUUGGUUGA